AUGGAUUUUUGUUCGACAUCAGUUGAGUACUCAUCAGAGCAGAUACCAAUUGAUAUAUUGAUUGAGAUAUUCUUGAGAUUACCAGCAAAAUCUAUACUGAGGUUUCGUUGCGUGUCCAAGCAAUGGGCUUCCAUUCUCUGCCGUCCAGAUUUCACCGACCUGUUCUUGACAUUCUCUUCGGACCGUCCGCGUCUCUUGUUCACCUUCCAAGUUGACGGUAAGUGGUUCUUCUUCUCGGCACCUCAACGUCAAGAUCCAGACCAGAACUUGUCUCAUGACGUGAUCAUUGUCGAUAAUCACAUGCGUAUCCCCACCAGAAUGUGUUCGUUUUGGAUCCAUCGACCUGUCCGUGGCUUGGUUUUUCCUAAAGGUGUACGGAUCAAACGUGGAUGUAAUGAUUCAAAGGCGAUGGUCAUAUGUAACCCUGUCCUGACAGUCCAUAACAAUACCCAAAUAAUUUUUACACGAAAUCGUCAACACUCCGGGGAGCAUCAAGUUUUGACAUUAGGAACAGGAAAACUGUCUUGGAGAAUGAUUGAAUGUUCCUUACACCAAUUGCCUGAUUGUGAUGGGAUAUGUAUCGAUGGAGUUUUUGUAACGUACCCUUUAACUCUGAUGAAUUACAAGGGUGAAUUAGGUGCAAUUCAGUUUAAUAUGAAUGGCUAUUUAUGUGGAAGAAGUACAAGUCUUGAGUUGCGGGUUCUAGAUGAUGCUGAGAAACAUAAAUGGUCGGUUAAAACCUACAUAUUGUCGCUUUUUUGGAAAGAUUUUGCUGUGGAUACCAGCCGGUACUAUCACUUUGUGGGGAUGACUGAUAACAGUGAACUUGUGUUUUCACCGUUCAUUAUAUCUGAUCCUUUCUAUAUUUUCUACUACAAUCUGGGGAGGAACACUACCGUAAGAGUUAGGAUCCAUGGAAUUGAAUUCGUUAAGAAUCAAUACAUUUACACCUUUUUAAACCACGUUGACGAUGUAAAGCCUAUGUACGUAAGUGCUUAG